GAAGUGUUCGGCAUAACAAGAUGCAGCUCAUCGUCUUCGCAUUUUACUUGCUCAUCAUGUCCGUAUCAACGCAAACGGUGCAUGAGCCAAUGACGGAGCAUAUAUACUUCUAUCCGCGACCAGGAGAUAACGCACCCCCUCACAUCUAUGUCAAGCCUACGGAGCUGAUAACUCGGCAUCGCCUUCAGCUUGUUACCGACUGGCCCUACCAGGGCGUUAUGGGUGAACACGUUAACAAACCCAUCGAUUUGAUCGCAACCGCCGAAGUUAGCUCACAACCAAUUUACUUUCGCAAUCGUCAAAGUCUAGCAAAUUUUAAGCUCAAGCAGAAGCAAAAUAUUCUGUAUCUCGAAUUACCGAUAAUGCCACAGAGUGCAUUUUCACCUAAUGGAUCUGAGAAUAAAGUUUUGGAAUGAAAUGCAUAGAAUUCAGAAGUGUAAAAA